AUGAGUUUGGCAUGUCCCCAACGAGAGUCCCUCUUCGACCAGCCACUUGACCUCAGGUUUGCAGAUUUCCCUCCUCAACUCAGCCAGCAAGGCAGCUUUGCAAAGUUUACCUUCGAUGCCUUUUUCAUUCGCAAUAAGAGAGACAUGAUCAACAUCCAGCUGAAGAUCCUUCAGAUGAAGAAGGAGGAGGCUGAGAAGAAGCGCCAGGAGGCGGAGAAUGAAUUGAACCGUCUGCAGGGAGAUGAGACCUCACAAAGCAACGAAGUGGAGACUUUGCAGCAACGUUUGCAAGAAGAGGCCGGGAAGAAUGAAGACCAGGUCGUCCGGGAGCAGGAGGAGCAACGCGAGAAGGUGUUGGAAGAAGCCGAGCAGGUCUUUGGGCUCCUGAACGCCCGGGCCAAGAAAGCCUCCAGCGACGCCGAAGCGCAGGUGAAGCAGUGGGAGCAAGGCGAUGGUGGCGAACUGCUUCAAGCCAUCAGCCGCGGAGAGGGCGCAGCCAAGUUGCAGCAAAUGAUGGGCCAGGUGGAUGUGCAGGGCAUGGCGGCUGACUACACCAAACAGGCCCAGCAAAUGGCAGGCGAUUUGCAGAGUCAGGACUGGGUCCAACAGGCGGCAGCCAGCGCGCAGGGUAUGGCCGCUGAAGCCACGAAGCGUGGUCAGGAGCUCUACAGCAGUGACCAGGUGCAAGGCAUGAUGAAGAGUGAGCAAUUGCAGGCCGCCUUGCAAGCUGGCCAGGAUGCAGCCAGCAGCGCUGUUGCUUCUGCACAGGCGGCUGCGGAGGCGAGAACGGCCUCUGAGAAAUGA